AUGGUUUCGUAUUCAGACUUGAGAGUAGAACCUCAAUGUAAAUGCAAGCACUAUAGCAAUUCGUCGGCACCUCCUCCCGAUGGCACCAACAGGCGACGAGCUCGGGGGUGGGCGCGGACUGAAGUAAGUAGUGGGCUGCUCGUGCUGGCCUCCCUCCCUCCGGCUUGUCUGCGGCAGCCUGACGGAAGGAGUUGGGCGCCGACCGGAUCUCCGGCCACCGGCGCGUGGGACUUGGGCUCUAGGUGGCCUACUUGCGGUGGCAUCUGGGCGUUGGCCGCCGCCGAUGGCUACCAGCUCCACCGCGUCCUCAUGUCCCCCUUCUUCUGCUGCGUCCAGACAGCUGCAAAUACCAUCACCGCGCUCGGUGCCACUGUUGAGUCAAGGACCGAUGUGCCCGUCGACGUCUCCCGUGUCAAGUGAAAUAAUUGCAGGAUUCUUCUACUCAAACUCAGACCAAAGAUAAAAGAUGGUUUCUGCAGAGCGAGACGUCAAGUUGAUGAACGUGUCAAGGAGAUUAUUGACUUGACUGAAGACUGUCUUGGCUGGGCUGGGCUGGGCUAGGCUUGUCUACGAGCAUGUUCUGGGAGAAGAAAAAUUACACGUUUGUGGAGAAUGUAAGGAAUCCCCACUCCUGUAACAUAUUAAAGGUUAGUGUAUUCUUUGAGAAACAAUAGUAUCUUUUCUGAUAGUACAUAACUGUGUCAAAAACAUACAAGGUUAAUUUGAGAGCUGCGGAUAUGGUGUACCUGGGAGUGACCAUAGCACAAUGUACUAAUCUAAGAGAAUGAGAUUGGUCAUAUUUAUUUUAGAUCUUUUAUUAAGCAUGUCUUUACCACUUGAUGUGUCGUGCUUUUGUAUGAUGCUUCUGGACGGUUAUUUG